UACCUAAACGUCAUCGUAUAUUCUUUCUUCCACGGAAAGCUUCUCACCUCUCCCGCCAAACCCCACAGUAGCAGCCUGCCGCCCCCACCACCACCACCACAACGGCCACCCAAUAACGGAAAAACAAACUCUCUUCAAGAUAAUAAGGAAGGAUUUGGAAUUUGCCCCUGGACCUCAUCCCAAUCACAAUUUCUGUCGUAAAUUAGAGAUGGAAGACAAAAGGACACUCAUAGCCCUAGGUUUUGAGGGUUCUGCAAACAAAAUUGGUGUUGGAGUUGUCAUGCUUGAUGGCACAAUUUUAUCCAAUCCGCGUCACACUUACAUUACACCACCAGGUCAAGGCUUUUUACCAAGGGAAACAGCUCAACACCACUUGCAACAUGUCCUUCCUCUUAUAAAGUCUGCCUUGGAAUCUGCUAAAAUUACUCCUGAUGCUGUUGAUUGCCUUUGUUACACUAAAGGCCCAGGAAUGGGAGCUCCUCUCCAGGUCUCUGCUGUGGUUGUCCGUAUUCUGUCCCAACUUUGGAACAAACCUAUAGUGGCAGUCAACCAUUGUGUUGCCCAUAUUGAAAUGGGUCGCAUUGUUACCGGAGCAGAUGACCCAGUUGUACUCUAUGUUAGUGGAGGCAAUACUCAGGUUAUUGCAUACAGCGAAGGAAGGUACAGGAUUUUUGGUGAAACGAUAGAUAUUGCAGUUGGAAAUUGUUUGGAUAGAUUUGCAAGAGUGCUGAAGUUGUCCAAUGAUCCUAGCCCUGGUUACAACAUUGAGCAGCUUGCUAAGAAAGGAGAAAAAUUUAUAGACCUUCCUUAUGUUGUAAAAGGAAUGGAUGUUUCAUUUAGUGGAAUAUUGAGCUAUAUUGAGAGCACUGCAGGGGAGAAGCUUAAAGACAAUGAAUGCACACCAGCUGAUUUGUGUUAUUCCCUUCAGGAGACACUGUUUGCAAUGCUUGUGGAGAUUACAGAACGUGCAAUGGCACACUGCGACAAGAAGGAUGUGUUGAUUGUUGGUGGUGUGGGUUGCAAUGAGCGUUUGCAGGAGAUGAUGCGCAUAAUGUGCUCUGAGAGGGGCGGGAAAUUAUUUGCAACAGAUGAAAGGUACUGCGUUGACAACGGAGCAAUGAUUGCUUACACAGGCCUCUUAGCUUAUGCUUAUGGCACAUCAACUCCUCUUGAGGAAUCAACUUUCACACAGAGGUUUAGAACUGAUGAGGUGCUAGCUAAUUGGAGGGGAAAGGAGUCAUCCAAGGCAAAUUCCCACAUGCCUUGAGAUUGGUCUGAUGCUGCUUAUCUCUGUUAUGCUACCAUUCUGCAGUUUUUUCCAUUAGAAGUGUAAAGAGUUUAACGAUCUGCAUUUCUUGGUUUCAUAGUGAACUCAUUGUAGAAGUCAAGAGAGGCAAGCUAUGGGGCCUGUUUGAUGAUGUAUUAUGCUCCUUCAUUAGCAGCAAUGACAAAAAAAAAAAA